CCAUAAAUCUUUACUAGUAGGGCUGCUGCUAUCCUGAGUAUCGUGAGAAACAACACGGGCGAGUCUUCCCCAUCCAUAGAGGGAGCUUCCCAUUCCCAGGGCCGCUCUGUGCUUCCCUCUCUUUGUUUGGGACAUACGGGCACUUCAGCUCUUGCCAUUUCACCCCCUGUGUGAGCUCAGGCCUUGGGCGCACCGGUUGUUUAUGUUUCCUUUUCUUUACUGAGAGCCGAAUCUCCUCCGGUCUCGGCUCCGAGACACGUGCUAAUGGAUUCCAGACCCGGCUAUCCGCGAGGGAGCAGUAACCAUCUCGGCUCCAACUCCCCGGCUCUGACUAGUGCCCAAGCGGCCCGUAGGCGGAAACAGCCCCCUAGACCGGCGGACUUUAAGUUACAGGUCAUUAUCAUCGGCUCCCGAGGCGUCGGCAAGACCAGUCUCAUGGAGAGAUUCACGGACGACACGUUCUGCGAGGCGUGUAAAUCCACAGUGGGUGUUGAUUUCAAAAUCAAAACUGUAGAACUAAGAGGGAAGAAAAUUAGGUUACAGAUUUGGGACACUGCUGGCCAAGAAAGAUUUAACAGCAUAACCUCUGCCUACUACAGGAGUGCCAAGGGUAUAAUAUUAGUCUAUGAUAUCACAAAGAAAGAGACAUUUGAAGAUUUACCAAAGUGGAUGAAAAUGAUUGAUAAGUAUGCUUCUGAAGAGGCUGAAUUGCUUUUGGUUGGAAAUAAGCUGGACUGUGAAACUGACAGAGAAAUUACAAGGCAACAGGGAGAAAAGUUUACACAGCAGAUAACUGGGAUGCGAUUCUGUGAGGCAAGUGCCAAGGACAAUUUCAAUGUAGAUGAAAUUUUUUUGAAAUUGGUCGAUGACAUAUUAAAAAAGAUGCCUCUGGAGCUUGUACGGAAUGAACUGUCCAACAGUAUCCUGUCUCUUCAACCGGAGCCUGAAGUUCCACCAGAAUUGCCUCCACCCAGACCUCCUGUCCGUUGCUGUUGAUUUUAUUUCAUGUUUUCUGUACUUCACACAUAGCAGAACAGUGACUGCCAGUCCCUGUAUCUUGCAAUACUACCCUUAUGAAGGUCACAUGUUGCACUUCUUUAGCAAAUGGUGUAAAUAUGCAAGCAAAUUUACCCAAUCAGGAGAUGGAAUUGAUUUUGGCUCUCCCUUGCUCACUGGAACAGUACAUCAGAGUUUGCACAAUACAGUGAAUGUGUGUUGAAGUGAUACGAUUUGCCCAUUAGCCGCAGCGCUGUACAUCAGUGGUUCCUGUAAUGCACUUUAGAACAGGCUCCACUAGCUGUGUAGUUGGUUAGUCAUUUCUGCUAAGGCCUGACAUGCUGCCUGGUAUCAAAUCGUAAUAGCCUUUUUUUCUCUUUAUUGUAUUUAGACUUGUAUAUGGUGCUUUGCUAACUAUAUUAUCAUGUUCAGAUAUUAAAUGCCUGUAAGGGCAGUCCUUCCAUAAACAGUAUUAUAUUCAGUUUAUUAUAUAAUGCAAAGUACUUUUUUAAUAGUGUAUACAGUUACUGGAUCUGCCAUGGAUAUUACAUUUCCAGUAGUUUGUUUAAGUAUUAUUUAUUAACGUUGAAUUUGUUUUAAGAGUAUUUGUUAUUUUCACUUCAAGCAUAAGCGUAUAUUGCAAUCGUUCGACUUCUCUCGCUCUGUAUGAGCACAUUAAAAUGUGUCAAUCAAAGUAGCAUGUGGCUUGUGUCCAUACAGUAUUGUAUGACAUAGACAGUCACACGAGAUGGCACUCCAACGUCCAACAACAUUUUGUGUGAUGCAGCUGAAUAUUGCGAUAUUAAAGGGACACUGCUGCUACAGCACAACAUAUUCUAUAAGUAAGUGUUCUUAUAGUCACAUAUAUACUUGUAAACAUUUCUAUAUAGCUAAGGCAUUAUGCAAAGAAUUGGUUUUAACAUUUGAGAAGUUCAUUACAUAUACUUUCCCAUAUAAGUUACUGAAACUGUUUCAUAUUUAUAAGCUGUCUUUUAUUUUUCUUAAAGAGGGAAAUUUUUUGUAUCCAAUUUGAGCAUUAUUUAUGUUCUCUAACAGUGAAAGAUUAGCCUACAGUGUGCAGGUUAGUUAUUCUUAAGGUAUUGGCAUAUGAGUGAGAAAUAGCCUUUGCUGUUGCAGGCACCCUGGACAAUAAUAGUGUCUCGAGAUGGACUGUUAUUGCCGUCUAUUUCAGCUGAGUUAAGCAUCAUAGGAGCUUCCACUUAUAUUUGAAAAUGAAAUAUAUUGAAAGAAAAGGAAUGUUCUCUGCACCCAAAAUGCUACACCGUUUUAUGUCACUAUCCACUUAAGGGUAAUAUGUUAAAUAGGAAAUAUUUUCGUCUCUGUUAACAUCCGUUUUGCUCCACUGGAUGUCAGAAGAGCAUACAUCAUAUUUCACUGCAAUAAUCAGCCUAUUGACUCAAGUGGUUCAAGCUCACUGCACAAUGAUACGAAGGAAUGUGACAUAUUAACUUGAUUACUUGUAAUGUAUAGUAGAUCUAUUUCUCAAAAAUCACUAAAAAAAAAAACAUUGUUCCUAGUGAACGCAACAGAAAAAAUGUGUUGUCUUUCUUUUGACUUACUAAUGUAUGCUUUUAACUUUGCCACAUUUUUUGGCGUGUCCUUUUUAGAUGUGAGGUUUGAGAACAAAAUUGGGAAUACUGAACCUACACAUGGCAUAUACCAUUCUUUAACAAUGGUGGAUUUGUGAAUUACAUGUUUGAGAUACUUUAUCUCUUAUAAUAAUGAGAAAACACUGUAUGAUCCAUGAAGGGUAAAACAGUGUCAGACACAGUAUACAUUUGGCUAAAUGGGUUACUUGUGGAUUUGGAUUCUUAUAGUCUUUCUAACCAAUGAAGUGAAAAUAAACUUUUUUAUUUAUGAA